AUGCCGCUGCUGGCGCACUACAAGGUCGACCCCAAGCGCAACCGGCUGCUCAUGGUGGCCUACAACGCCGAGGACAUGCUCCUCCCGCGCGCCAACUUCACUUUCUACGAGUUCGACGCCGGCUUCAGGCUGGUGCAGAAGCGGGAGUUCGUGCUGCCGGCGCACCUCAUGAUCCACGACUGGGCCUUCACCGACUCCCACUACGUCGUCCUCGGCAACAGGAUCAGGCUCGACAUCCCGGGGUCGAUGCUGGCCAUGACGCGCACGCACCCCAUGAUCGCGGCGCUCGCGCUGGACCCGGGCAGGCGGACCACGCCGGUCUACCUGCUGCCGCGCUCCACGGAGGCCGUGGCCAGCGGCCGCGACUGGACCGUGCCCGUCGAGGCGCCGUCGCAGAUGUGGUCGCUGCACGUCGGCAACGCCUUCGAGAAGGACAACGGCCGCGGCGGCCUCGACCUGCACCUGCACAUGUCGGGCUGCUCCUACGACUGGUUCCAUUUCCACAAGAUGUUUGGUUACAACUGGAAGAACAAGAAGCUGGAGCCUUCCUUCAUGAACGCAGUGAAGACCAAGGAAAUGCUGCCUCUUGUUCUUACCUGA